CUUAACGAAAUAGCACGUUCACAGAUUGUGGCUAAUCUCGAUCUCUAUCCGCAAACCUUUGGUGCAAACAUCAAAAUCCAGCGCAAAUGUCGCGAAUCAGUGGUUUAUUUGCUCGAUGCAGUCCGUGAACGCCUUGUGGGCUUUUACAAAGCAACAAAUCAGAAACCGACUCGUAUCAUCGUCUAUCGUGAUGGUGUCUCCGAGGGCCAGUUCAGUGAGGUGCUGCAUGAAGAAAUGCAGGGCAUACGUGCUGCGUGCUUGAUGCUCGCAACCGAUUUUCGCCCUCCGAUUACCUACAUCGUAGUACAAAAACGUCACCAUGCCCGUAUGUUUUGCAAGUAUGCGCAGGACGCGGUAGGAAAAGCAAAAAACAUUCCACCUGGCACAACUGUCGAUACGGGAAUUGUCUCGCCGGAGAGUUUCGACUUCUAUCUGUGCUCACAUUUCGGCAUCCAGGGUACCUCGCGCCCAACGCGUUAUCACGUGCUGUGGGAUGAUUCAAAAUUCACGUCUGAUGAGCUACAGACUAUCACGUAUAGCAUGUGCCACACGUAUGCUCGUUGCACUCGAUCAGUUUCAUUACCGGCACCGGUUUAUUAUGCUGAUCUUGUUGCUACUCGUGCACGAUGUCACCUACGACGAAGAAUGUACGUCCUCCUCAAGCACUAUUUGUGA